AUGGCCUGGGCAGCACAGCGUUACCUGGACCAAGCCACGGUCAAGCCGCACUGGCUUUCGGACAGCGCAUUCUGGUACCGGCGCACCGCCGCCUCCGACAACACAACCGAGUUUCUCUUUGUGGAUGCCGAAUCCUCAUCGACCGGUAACUUGCCAGUCCGCCGCCCGGCCUUUGACCAUACCGCUUUGGCUACGAAACUCGGCGAACAGACCGGGCAGGACAUCAACCCGGCAUCUCUCCCCUUUUCCUGGAUUGAGCUGGCCGCCGACGCCGCCUCCGUGCGGUUCCGGUUCGAUGGCAGAGUGUUCCAGUUCCGCAGCGAUGACCGGGCACUGGAGGUUUGGGAUGGGGACUUCGGGACCAAGCUGGAGCCUAUCAAUUGGGACGCCGUAAGCGACAACGCCGGGGAUCCGGCCGGAGUGAAUAUCGUUAAUAAGACAGAGGUUGCGGUUAAGGUGUUUUGGAUUGAUGGUUCCGGCAAGGCGGUGCAAUAUGCCACCGUGCAGCCUGGGAGGGAAAUGAGAAUCGAAACUUAUGCGGGGCAUGUGUGGCGUGUGGAAGGGGAGGGCGGGGAACAGGCCGUGUAUCGCGCCUUGGAAGGGGAAGGGUUCAUUGUUGUUGAGGGCUGGGGCUUGAGGAAGGAAGGGAGCGGAGAGAUAUUGGCGGAAAGGAAAGUCCCGGUAAAGGAAGAAAAGGAAGUCCAAGAGAUCAGGGAGUUGGCAGAUGGUGGGAUCUUUGUGCGGGACGGCGAUGUUUGGAUCCGGGAUGCAGAUGGGGAGCAUCGAAUCACCACUAACGACGAACCGGGGCUCCAAUACGAUCCAAACAGACUCAUGGCUUGCUCUGACGGCAAAUUUGCCGUGGUGUGGCAAUAUUCGCCGGCCGAAGGCUAUUCCCUCAAUCUGAUCGAGUCAACACCCGCAGACCAACUCCAACCCAAAUUGAGCACAACCACUUACCUCAAACCUGGAGACAAAGUGAGAAUCGACCGGCCCCGCAUGUUCGACAUCGAAGCCAAACGCGAAGUCCCAACAGAUGAUUCCCUGUUCGCAAACCCUUACAACUUGGAGGACAUGGGUUGGAGCAAAGAUGGCGAAGAAUAUCUCUUUGGAUUCAACGAACGGGGCCACAAACACUUACGAGUGAUUGGAAUGCAUCGGCAGGGAGCGGUGAGGUCGAUUGUGGAAGAGAGCAGCGAGACGUUUCUCGAUUACUCGCAAAAGCGGUAUUACCUCGUCUCUCCGGACACGACGGAGCUUCUUUGGGCGAGCGAGCGAGACGGGUGGAAUCACCUGUACCUCUACGACAUGAAAGCCGGGGAGGUAAAGAGUCAGGUUACCAAAGGGGAGUGGGUUGUCAGAAAGGUCGAGAGAGUGGAUUGGGACGCUCGCCAGGUGUGGCUCACCGUAUACGGAGUCGUACCGGACCAAGAUCCUUAUUACGCACACCUCGCUCGCGUCAACCUCGACGGCUCCGACUUCACACUCCUCACCUCAGGUGACGGUACCCAUUCCUGGACCAUGUUCUCCACCAACCGCUACUUCAUCGACACCUGGUCCCGCAUCGACCAACUCCCCGUCACCGCCCUCCGGGACGCCUGGUCCGGCGCCGAACUGGCCCUACUCGAAGCCGACGCGACCGCCGAGCUCCUGGCUGAGGGUUGGGCUCCACCUGAAAGAUUCACCGCCCUAGGCCGUGACGACCAAACCCCCAUCCACGGCAUUAUCGUCGCCCCCGCAAACCUCGACCCAUCCAAAAAAUACCCCAUCGUCGAAGACAUCUACGCCGGACCGCAAGACUUCUUCACCCCCAAGGCCUUCACACCCAACCUCUCACAGCGAGAAGGCGCCGAGCACGGCUUCGUCAUUGUCAAGCUCGACGGCAUGGGCACCAACUGGCGCUCGCGGGCCUUCCACGACGUGUGCUACAAGAACCUCAAAGACGGCGGGAUCCCGGACCGCAUCGCCUGGAUCAACGCCGCGGCGGCCACCCGCCCGUGGAUGGACACGUCGCGGGUGGGCAUCUACGGCGGGUCGGCGGGCGGGCAGAACGCCGCGGCGGCGGUCAUCUUCCACGGGGAUUUCUACAAGGCUGCCGUGGCCGACUCCGGGUGCCACGAUAACCGGAUGGACAAGAUCUGGUGGAACGAGCAGUGGAUGGGGUGGCCGGUGGAUGAGGCGUACGCGGCCAACUCCAACGCCGUGCAUGCGGCCGCGCUGACGGGCGCGUUGAUGCUGAUUGUGGGGGAGCUGGAUGAUAAUGUGGAUCCUGCGUCGACGCUGCAGGUUGUCAAAGCAUUGAAUGACGCGGACAAGGACUAUGAAAUGCUGUUUAUGCCGGGAAUGGGUCAUGGAGCCGGCGGGUCGGAUUACGGAAGGCGUAGGAGGUGGGCUUUUCUUCGCCGAUGGCUUGGGGAAAGUGUAUGA